AUGGCCGAUAUCGAGCUGAGUCACAUGGCUGCAGGUGGAGAGGGUGGAGAGGAGAACAAGCAGAAACAACUGCUUGCUAAUCCCAAUGUAUACGCGGGUGUCUCCAAGCACACAAAUGGCUGGCCAGCCGAGCAAGGCAGAAACCCAACUACUACUGAAGCUGGAUUCGAGUCUUCAGGAGUCCACUUAGUUAACGCCCCAGGAACAGCGGAGGAUAAAGUGAGGUCAAGCUAA